AUGACUGCAGCUUUGGAUUCCCUAUUGCCUGAGCUGAGCAAAAUUAUCUGGGGACCAGGCAUUAUAGGAGACGAAAUAUUUGAUCGUUGGUGUCAAGAGCCCACUGCUUUGGUACAGGAUGGUGGGGGACCGUGUGCGGUGCUCGCUGCUGUUCAGGCCGUUAUCUUGCGCGAAAUCAUAUUCACUCGGAAGCAGAAGUUUAGCGAAUUAACCGCGGCAGAUAGCUCAGAACUGCUUGUCUCAGCAGUGCUGAACAUCGUAUUGUUGACUGCUGGUGAUAAGAAGAAAGAUUAUUGGUAUUGGGCUCACUGGUCACAGUCGGAAGAAUCGGAACCACUUUCAAAUCAAUCGGAAUCUGAUAACUUUUUUCAUGGAUUACGGCUUAUUGAGGCGAGUUCGGCAGACGAGUUGCACGGAGUAAUAAUGUCCUUGGUUCCGGAGUUGCAGUCGAAAUACGGGGUGCUCUGUUUUCUCUACUCCAUUCUCUUCAACUAUGGAAUAGAAUCAUUACGACAUGGUAUGGCCGAUGAUGCGGACACCUUGAUCGAUCCAGUCUACGGACAUGCUAGUCAGUGUUUGAUUAAUUUGCUCAUCAGUGGACAAGCCACGCCGUAUCUGUUUGACGGCGAGCGCAAUGUUUCGGGAAUCAGUUGUUCAGCUGUGGCAGCUGUGCCUGUCGUAGACUCAAAUUUUGGUAAUAGCACAUUAGGAUAA